ACAGCGUGACCUGUGUGUGAGUCCCAAUGACAGACGUUUGGGGUUUUGACCAUGGUGGGAAUUAGAUUCACAUUGCGGUCUUUUAUUUAAAAGACGGUUAAAUAAACAAGGGCAAGGACGUCUGUGAAGAUGCCAGCCGGUGUGUCGUGGACUCGUUACCUGAGAAUGUUAGGUGCCAGUAUGCUGGCCAUGUUUGCAGGAGCACAGGUCGUCCACCAGUACUACCUACCUGAUCUGACUAUACCAGACGUCCCGCCAAAGCCUGGGCAGCUUAAGACAGAAUUGCGGGGCUACAAAGCCAGAGAAGAAGCGACUGCUGUGUUACAGCAACUUAAAGCAGAACAAAAGGUGGACUGAUCCUGGAAUUACACGUCCUCUUGUGCGAUGGACACUCUGACUCGAGCGUUAUGUCCAAUGUGUUUUUGCCAACAGCUUGACGUGCCUGGGAGUAAAGUCAAUUCUGGAACAUCUGCAGAUGGAUAUUUUCUGCUUUUAGUGUUUUUUCUUUCAAUGGAGAAAACGUGAGAGGAAUGAAAUGUGACACACUCGGGUUAAGGAUCCUAUUGGACUCGAGAUCAUUUGGUUUACUCGACCAUUGGUGUCUGUUGUUAAUUUAUUUCUGUUCUAUUCAAAAGUAUAUUUUUAUUGUUUAUCUUUGAUUGGAAAUAAAGAUAUAUCACCAACAAUUUAA